AUGAAAAAUUAUUAUUUUUUUUUUGCAGAAAUGCCUGAUGUCUACAGUGUGCCUGUGACUGAGCCUCCAGCUUAUGUGGGACUUAGUCCUGGAUCCAGACUUCCAAUUCCUACAGGACCAGAGAGUACCUUACAACGACAUUUCCAGAACAGGUCACUACAGGGCCUGAGAAAUUCAUGUUUUGGGUUCGAUGGCGACUCUCUAUGUAACUGUCGAGACCAGCGGCAACUACACUGCCUCAACACAGAGACCCGAUCGGACAAGGCACAAGCAACGGAGGGUCAAAGAAGGAUACGUGCUCCAAGAAUCCCAGCCUAUGAAAACGAGUAUGUGAAGUUUUUCAAGAAUAAACCAGAACUUCCCCCAGGGCAGUGCCCUGACGCCACCACACAGGUCACCCCAUCCAGACCUGACAGUGGUGAAGCAGGCCUCUCCAAGACAGACAAAUGCAACCUGAAGGAGAAGAGGAGCCAGCCACAGGAGAAAGAUGCAGAGGCCUUGAGCAGGACCCUUGAUAAGCUGUUUGUGGGACACUCAGCCCAGACACCCAGUGCUCACCAUGGCCCCCAAGCCACAUCUCUAGCUGCUUUCCAUACACCCGAUUCUGCUGCUACCACAAAGAAAGCCAAGAAGAUCAAGCACCUAAGGAAGAAUCUGAUAGGUGGAGGAGCUGCAGUAACACUUCCAGGCCGGGAAGUUCAGCAGAGAACAGCUGGAGAAGCUGACAUGGCACAGGGUUCUGGAGGAGGAGCUGGAGGACUUGGAGUUGGGCCUGUGAGGCUUCAGGAAUAG